CUCGUUCAAGUUGCUGUCGCCGUGAAACUGAGGACCGAGAAUGUCUCUUCGCUCCGAACCGUCAAAUAUACAUCCUGAUCAGACAGUUAAGCGACGAUUUUCAAGAUCUUAGGAAUGAAAUGCAGCAAAGAAAUGUUCAAGGCACUCAAGGCAUUCAAGGCGAGGAUCUUUCGGCCAAAGUGUGGGAUGAAGUAUAUAUUAGCGUUGUCAAACGCCUUUUUCUGCAUGUAAUAUAUCCCACCCAAGACGAAAUAAAAGAGUCCCUCAAGGACUACUUGAACAAAAAGUUCCCUGAAUUCGUGGCGAACUUAAGUGCUAACGAUUUUGCAAACCGGUUCCAUGGUGUAUGGUGUUCUCAG